AUGGCUCCGUUCAAUUGGGGGUCUUGGGGAUUGUUUCUGGCCUUUGGGUAUGGGAUUUUAACCUUCUUUGCGUACGGGAUUAUCGCCAUUUAUAGGGGAACAUUCUUCCGGAGACCGACUGAAAAGGAAAAGUUGGAACUGUUCUUAGGCGUGGCAGCUCGAGAUCGAUUUUGGGACCUUUCGAAAUCAUGGGCUGGCCUGUCUCAUCGAUUCUUGACGUUGAGAAACGGCUUUAAAUUCCAUUAUGUCACGAGCAAUGGCUUUGAGAACCUGGCGCAUCAAAAGUCUCACAAGCAGCUCGUUAUUUUCUUGCAUGGAUUUCCUGACAGCUGGGCGAUUUGGCGGCAUAUCCUAUCUUCAUCCUCGAUACGAGAGGCGAGCAUCGUGGUUGCGGUGGACCUUCCUGGAUAUGGCGGGAGUGACUCUCUAAAGAAGUACGGGGCCACGGAGGUGUUGGAGGCAUUGACGGAAUUUAUUAUCAAGAUCAGGGCCGAAUGCGGAAUGGACAGCCCCGAGGAUGAAGCUCACUCGCGAAAAGUGAUUAUUGUUGGUCAUGAUUGGGGCGGUAUGCUCGCAUUUCGCCUAGCUGCCGAAGCCCCUCAACUGGCCGACAGGUACAUUAUUGUCAAUGGGCCUCUGGUUUCCUUGAUGAGAUCAAACAUUCAUCUGUUAACCGAAUCGUCCGCCAAACUGUUCAAGACCUUUCUACGAGAACCUUGGCGCUCUCGGUCACUUCUGCUAAAAUCGAUUCAAACACUUAAACCAGUGAUCCGCCAGUUCCGGCGGUCUGCGUACAUCUUUACCUUCCAGCUACCCAUGCCAUUGGUGCGGUACUUGGGAAGUGGUGGAAACUAUUCGUUUCUAAAGGAGAUUCAUCGACUCUCCGUGGGCCAGGCAGAUAAAUUCACCCUUCGAGACGCCCAGGAGUCGAUGGCAAGUACUUUGGGUCCAAGUGCGGAAGAGUGCGAAAGUUCGACAGAAAAUGGCGAAAAGUAUCCGCGCUCGGUGCGGGAGCGUGAGAAAUCCGGAAAUUUUGGCGACAUCGCAUCAUAUUACCGUGACGGCGCGGCUGGAGGAGUAUGGCAUAAAUCAUUGGAAACGAUCUCGGCGCUGUUCAACAUUUGGCCAGAGGAGCCUCGAAGAACAAGUAGCGGGACGGGCAUGUUUGAUAUGACGCCGGGGGCGUUAAAGGCCAAUGCGACGAUCAUAUGGGGAAAAUCAGAUCUUGCGCUCGAUUCUCAUCUGGCAUUGGAAGGAAUCGCAGACUACCUAGUCCAUGGAAGUCAACUGAUCGUGCUCCCCAGGACUGGCCACUUUCCUCAAAUUGAGGCGGAAAGUAGGUCUGCGUUGGAGAAGGCAGUCGAAUGGGCUGUUCAUGGCGAAAAAGGGGAUGUCGGAUCGAUGGUUCAGUCUGAGUAUCCAGAUGCCAAAGUUGUUGUUCGAAAAUAG